GGACAACACCGGCAUUGAGGCCCCGGGCGUCGGACGGUGUGACCUAGAGAGGAGCGGUCUUCUGACCUCGUGUGACCCACCGAGACAAGAUGGACUUAGAAGAUCUGUGCGGAGAGCUGGCUGCUCUUCGUGAAGAGGUUGGUGGUUUGAACGGAGAAGUGGCCACACUGAAGGGAGACAACGCCGUACUGAAGGGAGACAACGCCACACUGAAGGGAGAAGUGACCACACUGAAGGGAGACAACGCCGCACUGAAGGGAGACAACGCCACACUGCGUCAGGAGGUGGUCCAUCUACGUGAAGAUGUGGUCCGCCUGCGACAGGCUGUCCUCGAGGAGCGCACCACUCGCCAGGUCGUCGUGGAGGAGCUGCGGCAGGAGGUCCGCCGGCGAGCGGCGCCAUCCGGCCGUUCCCAGGGUGACGGCGAAGAGGUGGUCUCACUGAAGGCCGACACCUGUGACAAGUGUGACGCCACCACCAGUUGUGACGUCACCCCAACUACGGAGGAGAUGGGGCCGGCGUCCGGUGAGCGUAGGCCGCCUGCGGCUUGCGGUACCAACAUUUACCACCUUGACUACAAGCUGCUGAAGAUGGUGCUGAGCAAGAUGGACUGCUGGGACAUGUUCCGCGCCAGACGGGUCUGCCAUCGCUGGCGGUCCGCCGUCGACGAUAUCGUCGGCGACUGUCGGCGGGAGCUAACCGAUCAGCAAACCCGCGGUGGAGAGGACCCGGCGCCGGCCACGAGCCUGGAGCUCGUAUUGAAGGCACAGGACCAGCCAAAGAUGACCGAACUGCAGGCGCCGACCGCUGAGACGGACACCGACCUCCGACUGGUCGCGGCCACCUGCCACGCCCUGGAAAAGGCCAACCUGCGCGGCUUUAAGCUGCGGGUCUCUGCCCUGCGCCGGCUGGCGCGUGCCAACGCCUCCAGUCUUCAUGAGCUGACGCUGCCGGCCGGCAUCAACGACUGGCAGCUGGAGGCGCUGCUGGAGCCGAUGAAGGCUCUGGAGCGGCUCGAUGUGAGCCCACCUGUGGACAGCUCCGGCAAGUGGCUUCGGCUGCUGCCCAAGUCGCUGAAGAGACUGGACAUUACUGGGUCGGGGAUGACUGAGGCACCGCUGACUUUCAAUAGACGCCCGUCGGAGGGAGUGCUGGUCGGUGUACAGCUGGCAACGGACAUACUCCUGGACCCGCUGGCUGCUCUGGCGGCCCACACAGUCACCAAGCUGUUCAUUCGUGAGUCACCGUCCGUGACACCGGAGACGACGGGACGCCUCCUGACUGCCCUCACCAGCUUGAAGGACGUCGGUGUUGUCGGAUCCGGCGUCAUUUCCGAAACUGUGCUGUCCGCCCUCCACGGCUGUCCCCAGCUGGAUACAGUGCAGCUUAAUGACACCCGGCGCCUCACGGACAUCCCUGCCCUGACCCAGUCAGAGGUGGCAGCGGUCAGCAGGAUGGCAGUGACCUGCAGGAAACUGUAUAGACUGUACAUCAAAUCCUCAACUGAAAACUGCCAGGCCGUCCUGACUGCCCUGCACGAGACAGACCUGGGAUGUGACAGUGACCAGUCCCGCAUCAUUAAUCUUCGGGUCCCCAAGUCUGUAUACGACAAGCUUACCAAGCCUCCCAACGGCAGCAAAAUCUGUUUGAAGUACUUUGGCUAGACGACUAUCUUCCCGGUGCCUCGUCCGCUCAUGUGCCGUCAGCGGUGUCGGAACUCGACAACAGAUGGCAGCACCGUGUCCCGUCGGCAGCGCUGUACGGGGCACAAUACACAUCUAGACCUUCAUAUCCAGAAGUACUUCGAGCCGCCCUGUCCCAUAGGGUCAGAUCCGUGGGUACUUUACCGCCGUGCCAGUCUGGUUUGGGCUGAGUAGCCACCUGAAGGCUGGUCAUUUGAUUUAGGCACAGAUUGCUACGUUUGUUGACACUGCUUUGAUAGACACUAGUUAUUUUCCGAGAUGUAUCACCCUCGGGGCCACUGUCCAGCCGUCGGUAAACCGUUGUCACUGUGCCGGAGGUACAGCCGUGGUGACGUCACGUGUGUUGUGUUGUGACGUCACGCUGGCUCACACCGCUGUGCUGUUGUGUUGUAGUUUCAGUUUAGACCAAGGCCCUCUAACCGUUUAGACCAGAGAGUGGUUGGAGCUAGCUGUGAGGGUGGCCGGUCCGGGCGAUAUCGGACCUCGACCGUCACUGUGUCGGACCGUCGGUGGUCAGGUCGGCUGUGGUUUGUUUGGACCAGAUUUGUCCGGUUGUGGUUCGUUUAGACCAGAUAUGUCUGGCUGUGGUUCGUUUGGACCAGAUUUGGCCGGUUCGAUGUCGUUCAUGUAAUAUCAAGGACUAUGGGAAAUAGAGACGAUUGAAAUACACAACUGCCGGAUCAACAGGGCUC